GAGAGAAUUGUUCGUGUUAGGGUUUCUUACAAUUUUUCAAAUCAGUUGGCUCGUUCACAGCACUCUCACUCUCACUCUCAGCCUUCUUUCUCCCUCCGCGGUAGCCGCUCCGACGACCACCGUCUCCCCACUCUGUAUACCUGACGGCGCAGUAUUUAAGAUAGAAGAUGAGUGGAGUAGAGAAAGAAAAAGAGAAGGAGAAAGGAUCAUCAGGAACCACUAAAACCCCUGCCGAUUUCCUCAAAUCCAUUCGCGGCCGCCCCGUUGUCGUUAAGCUCAAUUCCGGCGUUGAUUAUCGUGGUAUCUUGGCUUGUCUAGAUGGCUAUAUGAAUAUUGCAAUGGAACAGACAGAGGAGUAUGUCAAUGGCCAACUGAAGAACAAAUAUGGCGACGCCUUCAUUCGAGGGAAUAAUGUUCUGUAUAUUAGUACUUCAAAGAGGACUCUAGCAGAAGGAGCUUAGCAAGAGCAGCAGGAUUCCAAAAACGUUUUGAUUUUGGAAUACACUUUCUUUGUUCAGUUAUAGUUUUUCAGCAGAACUAUAUAGAAGUAUGGAUUUUAACUUCUGUUCAAAUCAUGAUUUAAUAUUAAAAAUCAUGUUUAAAUGUAUUUCAAUGCAAUAUGUCCAAAUAUGUUGAAAGAUGUUGAAGCUUA